AACCGAACUUCCCAUCACUUGUGUCAGCUGUCUCCUACGAGUCCACGCAUGCGCGGAGCUAAUGUUUUGGUUGUGGACAUGCUGGGCUUCGUGGACUGUCACUGUCACAUCUCUGCGCGGGACUUUGACAAAGACAUAGAGGAGGUGAUUGACAGCUCGAAACAGGUUGGUCUGUUGGCGCUUUUAGCUGUGGCCGAGCAUGCAGGAGAGUUUGAGAAGAUAAUUGAGCUCUCACAGAGGUUUCCAGGUUUUAUUUUUCCCUGCCUGGGAGUCCAUCCUGUGCAAGACGUGUCCCCGGAGCAGCAGAGAGGGGCCCGUCUCCAGGAUCUCGAUGCCGCUCUGCCCAUAAUCGAGAAAUACAAAGACCACCUCGUGGCCAUCGGGGAGGUUGGUUUGGAUUUUACACCCCGUUACGUCAGCAGUGACACGGACAAAGACAGCCAAAGACAGGUCCUCGUUCGUCAGGCGCAGAUCGCCAAAGAACUGGAUCUCCCUCUGAAUGUUCAUUCUCGGUCUGCAGGACGACCCACCAUCCACCUCCUGAAGGAGCAAGGUGUCGAGAAAGCUCUGCUUCACGCUUUUGACGGGAAACCGUCUGUUGCCAUGGAGGGAGUGAAGGCUGGAUAUUUCUUUUCUAUCCCGCCGUCCAUUGUACGGAGUGAGCAGAAGCAGAAACUUGUGAAACAGUUGCCGUUAGAGAACAUCUGUCUGGAGACGGACUCACCAGCUCUCGGUCCAGAAAAGCAGGUGAGGAACGAGCCCAAAAACAUCUGCAUAAGUGCCGAGUACAUCAGUAAGAUCAAAGGUGUGUCACUGCAGACGGUGAUGGAGGUGACGACGCAGAACGCUCUGCGACUCUUUCCGAAGCUGAAAUCUGCCAUCAGACCUUGACGAAGCCGUAAAAGUUCAUUUCAUCAGUCUAUGAAUUAAAUGCCUGAGUAUCUUAACAUGGAAGUCUGGUUGAACCAAGAUGUCCUGAAGUGUGCAUGAAUAAAAACAGAGAGUCAGACCAGGUAUUAAAAGCUGAAUCACUGAAUAAUAUCUUAUAUUUUUCUUAAAUAAAAGGAAGAUGAGGUCAUUUCA